AUGGCACUGACUGAGAUUCAGGAAUUGCAGCUCUUGGAAAAAGCAGACCUAAGGUUCGUACUGGCUCCGGAUGAAAAUGCAUUGGAACAGAAUCUGGAUGUCUUCUUCCCGGCGGUGCUUCUUAAGCUCGGCUCUGAACAUGCAACGGUUCGGCAGCUGGUGUUUCAAAUAAUAAAAAAUGUCAUGGGGCGCAUCACCUCAUUGAAGAGCGUAAAGCUACCUGUUGCGAAGCUCGUAGCUCAAUCGAAAACGGGUACCAUGGAAUCGCCGGCCAUAAGCCAGUAUAGUCUGUUAUUUGCCGCUCGAGGCGUUGAACGCAUGUCUGUACCGGAAAUUAGCGCACUCGUUCCCGAGAUGAUUGUUGGUUUUUCGAUGCUACCGGAAGCCCUUAAGCCGCGAAUGUUCAGCAUCUUCUGCAAACUCCUACUGCGUUGGGACUCCCCACAAAAAGACUCUCAAGCGGAGGAGGCGGUACGUAAGGUCUUAGACGUAGGAUCUAUCGACGACAAGAAGUCUCUUCUCGAGAAGUUUACCACGUUCUUUUUCUUAAAUCCCGUGAAAGUAGAUGCGCAGACAAAGUCUAUUCCCCGCGGUUACAGCUGUCCUGGAAUAACCGUUUCAGAAGUCGAAUUCUUUACCUACAACGCGGGCCUCAGUUUUGGUAAAGAACAUCUGCUUGCUUAUAAGGAAGCUAUUUUUCGGUUUGUGGUGAGCGGCUUUAUGUCGGAUAAUCAAUAUCUACUGAAGUUCCUUAUUGUAGUCUCGACGGACUCGUCUGAUCUCUCUAAUCAUGCCACUGCUUUAUUGAAAAGACUAAACAUACCUUAUGGGAACGAAGAAUUCAUUGACCAGAUGAUGGAUUUAUACACGGGCGAUGCUGCUACAUCUAGACCACCUGUUAAGUCGGAUCUGCAGGAGAAAAUUAUCUCCAUUCUGUCUCAUAGUACUUGCGCAACAAGAAAUCCCCACAAGGUAUCAGUAAUAUCAUCCAUUGGUCUGAACUCAAAAAAAUUCAAGCUUCGAUCCGCAGCGCUAACAUUUGUUCAACACGUCGCAGAUCGAAAUCGUUUGGCGCUUUCCACCCCAAGUUUGCCAAGUGACUAUUCAGCCAAUAUUGCGUCUUUGAUACGCAAUAACCUGCAUACCGAAGGAUGGCCCCAAUUUCGCCUCGAUUCGUCAGUUGCUAACUUUUCUUUGAGCUUAGAGCAAAGGCGAAAGCAAUAUGAGACCUUGGGUAUAAUCCUAGCGCAAGGCCCUUCAUAUGAUAAUGAUUUUUCCUUCAUAGAAUUUCUUAUCGAUUCCUUAAGAGGUGAUUUGAGUACAUUUAGGACCACUAUUCACUUAGCUUUGAAUUCGCUGAGUCCCUUGUUGAAAACACUUCCUAUCCAAUCCAAACAAAAGUUGAAGCUAAUUGCACGAAAGACUCUUUCGGAUAAUUAUGAUUUAUACCAUGGCAAUACUGACGAUAAAGAUGCCCUAAUGCACUGUAGGGCUGUAAUGAUCAGAUUUAUAAAUUCGACGUUCGAAUAUGGCGAGGCUGAUUCAAGAACUUUGAAUAUAUUAGGAACAUUGCGCAAUAACCGCAGUGAUGUACGAGAGGAAUCGAUCAAAGGUUUACACCCUUACUGGUUUAAAGUGCAGUACCUGCGGAAUUUGACUACUUCCCAAAGCUUUGAGCAAACAGUUGAUAAUGGGGCCAAGGAAAUUCUUGGUCCACCUACAGCUCAAUUGAUAGAUUCAUUCAAUGAAGGAUUUAAGCGAUCCAUCUCUGACGCAACAAGCUCCUUUUACCAGACCACUGACCAAGCCAUUAAGUAUAUCCUCAAAAACCUAAUAAGCGAGGCGGUGGCUAAGGAUGAUACAACUAUUCUCGAUGAGAAUUGGUCUCUGAAAACCGAGAAUGCCCUGAGGAUGGACGGAGCAGUUCGACAAAAGGUUAAGAACAUACUUAUCGCGGUUGACAGCGACAUUCUGUUUGAGUUCAUUUCGAUCAUCGUAUCGGAGUUGGCAAAAGGCAGAUAUAUGAUAGACGAAGGGCCAUCCAAUGAGGAUGAUACGCUCUUCUGUUCGAAUGUUGUAUAUUUUGUGGAAUUUGCUCCUCAUUCAAUCCUGAAAAAGCUCCGCUUCUUACUUCCAGAGUUAUAUAACUCUUUCACAAAUAAUGGGCUGGCCACAAUAGGGGUAGUUGACCAUAUAUGCAAACUAUAUGGUCUUAUAUUUGCAGCUAGUGGCACCCACGAUGAUUUGACAAUAUUGGUAGAAAAAUUGGAGCCUAGCUUAAAUCCCCCAGAACUCAUGCGAAUUAUGCUAGCCGCUAGUUUUUCUGUCCCCCUGUGUGCCUUGCAUGGUAAAAUUACCAACGAAGAGCAAAUACUUAAUUACACCAAGCUGGUGCAACACUUCCUAGAUGUUAAAGAGCUGAGCUCAGUAGGAUUAAAAUGUCUGAAACCGUUGUUAAAGUAUGGAUUGUUGCAUCAACUUACACCUAAUACAAGAACGGAGACCUUGCGACAGCUAAGUGAUUCGGUGAAAAAAAUGAAUUUGAAAAACCAGCAAAGUAUGAAAGCAUGGACUUACCUAUCCCUUUAUUGCGAUGAUUUUAGUUCUUUGAUAGUAUACCUCGAUGUCUUAAAAAGCUUUCACUCUUUAAAGGACCUAGAUACAAAUUUGCAAAUUGGCGAAGCGAUAGCAGUCCUUGCAGGUAGAUGGAACUGUAAACUACUAGUUUUUGAGGACUAUUUGGAUGAACAUCAAGUUUCUUCCAUGAAAUCGCGCUUUAGUGACAAAUUUUCGGAAGCGAUUUUAGAGACGCUGCUAGCUGAAUGUCAGGUAACGAAGCCCUCAAUGCGCAAGGCAGCUUGUAUAUGGCUCUUGUGCUUCAUCCAGUUACUUGUCAACACAAAGACCGCCCAGGACCAUGCUGAAGAAAUUCAUCGUUGUUUUGCAGUUUUCCUGGCCGAUAACGACGAUCUGGUACAGGAUUCAGCAAGUCGCGGCCUUGGCCUGAUUUAUGAAAUCAGUAGUAAAGAGAUGAAAGAUAACAUGCUAAAAGGAUUGCUUAAAGCUUUUGCGGAUCCCAAAGCCGAACAAGGCAUGUCAACUUUGGCAAUAACUGCAGACUCUCAACUUUUCGAACCCGGAUCAAUGAACACUGGCGAUGGGUCACUGUCCACCUACAAAGACAUUUUGAGCUUAGCUAGUGAAGCAGGUGAUCCUUCCAUGGUUUAUAAAUUCAUGCCAUUGGCUAGAAAUUCAGCGUUAUGGUCAUCGAGGAAAGGAAUGGCUUUUGGUCUUACGUCAAUAUUUUCACAAGCCGGCCUGGACAAUAUUUCAGAAAAUAAUGCAUUAAGCACAAAAAAGCUAAUCCCGUUACUCUUUAGGUAUCGGUUCGACCCUUAUCGCAACGUUGCAGAUGCAAUGAAUGGCAUUUGGCAUACUUUGGUAAAAAAUCCGGGACAGAUAAUUACUCAAUACCGUAUUCCCAUACUGGAUAGCGUUCUUCAAGGUAUGACUGUCAAAGACUGGAGAGUGCGAGAAGCGAGUACUGUUGCUUUGAUGGAUCUUCUGGAGAAUACACAGGAAGGUGACUAUUCUGACAGAUUAGAAACAAUUUGGACUUUAGCUUUUCGAGUGAUGGAUGAUAUAAAAGAAAGCACUCGAGCUGCGGGUCUCAAAUUAACAAAUAAGCUCUCGAGGACUCUAAUUUCUUCUGCGAGCAAAAAUGGUGGCCAGAGUAAGUCUUUGCAGAACAUGUUAGAGAAACUUAUUCCGUUUUUCUUGGGCCCAAAGGGUCUUAACAGUGAUGCUGAGGAGGUUAGAAGCUUUGCGCUUGGCACCUUGACAAAACUUGUCAAGGAAUCCAGUGGCGCGCUGCAGAAAUUUGCGCCAUCCCUCAUCUAUGAAUUCUUGCUUUUAUUGUCACCACUAGAGCCACAAGAAAUUAACUAUCUGACAAUGAAUGCCGACAAAUAUAAUAUCGAUCCCUCGGCAAUUGAUACUCAGAGAGUACUUGGAAUUCAAAAUGCGCCCAUGAUGAAGACCAUAGAAAAAUUGUUAGAAACUUGUUUAAAUGAGCAGCUUCCAGAUGUGAUAGAGGGAGUUUUACUAGCCUCUAAAAAAUCGAUUGGUCUUCCUUCAAAAAUAGGUUCUUCCAAGGCAAUUUCCUCACUGGUAAUGCUUUACCCUAACCACCUUUAUCCUUUUAGUACCAAACUUCUGAAAGCAUGCCUUGCGGGCUUGUAUGACAGGAAUUCUGCAAUUGCCACAUCGUAUGCCGCAUCAUUUGGGCGUGUUUGUAAGGUCUGCAAAGUAGAGCGGGUAGCGAAAUAUGGGAAAAAGCUCGUUGCAAAGUUCUUCGAGUCUAACAAUAGUACAGAGCAAGAGAUUGUUGGUGAGGCAUUCAACUAUAUGUACCAGUAUUCCGUGGAAAUGUUUCACGGUGUUGGCGUCGAGCUACUCCCGCUUACUUUUAUUGCGCAACAUAACGAUUGCGAGGAGGUUUCAAAGAUAUUCACAAAAUUAUGGAACGAAGCAAACAAUUCUACAUCGGGCGGUGUUAAUCUUUAUAUGGUGGAGAUUAUUGAAUUGGCCGGCCUACAUCUUACUUCACAGAAUUUUAACACGAAGUUAAUGUGUGCCAAAAGCAUCUGUGAAAUUUGUAAGUUUGCUACUCCCGAGAGAUCUAAGCAUAUCGCGAGUGAACUUUUUGCGGCAGUUCUCGAAGCAUCCAAGGGCCGUCCUUGGGAGGGCAAGGAUGUUGUCAUUGAAACACUGAUUACAUUGGCCAUUAAAUUUAAGCCUACUUUUUCGGGCAUGCUAGAGCAACGAAACCAACUUAACGAUAGGCUUGCCACCGAGCUCUCGAGGAACAACCGAGAAUAUGUUCAAAAAGUAUUGUUGUAG